AUGGACAUCCUCAAUGACCCGCUGUGGAACAAGGGCAUGGCCUUCUCCGUCUCGGAGCGCGACCGGCUGCACCUGCGUGGCUUGCUGCCGCCGCGGGUCAAGUCCAUCGAGGCGCAGCAGGAGCGCAUCAUGCGGCUGCUGCGGGCCGAGCCGGACCCGAUCAAGAAGAACCUGCAGCUGCAGGACCUGCACUCGCGCAACGAGACGCUCUACCACCGCAUCCUGGUGGAGCACACCGAGGAGCUGGCGCCGCUCAUCUACACGCCGACGGUCGGCCACGUCUGCCAGCAGUUUGGCGCGCAGUUCUCGCGCUCGAGAGGCAUGUACUUUUCGAGCGACGACCGCGGCGAGCCGCCUGCGCCCGCCAUGCCCGCCACGGUCUCGAGGGCGGGCCGCGAGACGCUGGGCGACCUGGGCGCGCACGGUAUGGGCAUCCCGAUCGGCAAGCUCGCGCUCUACGCGGCGGCGGGCGGCAUCGCGCCGCACCGCGUGAUGCCAGUCGUGCUCGACGCGCUGCUGGACGACCCGGACUACGUCGGCGUGAGGGAGCGGCGGCUCGAGGGGGCGGAGUACUACGACAUGGUCGACGAGUUCAUGGAGGCGGUCUUCGAGCGCUGGCCGCAGGUCGUCGUCCAGUUCGAGGACUUCGAGACGUCGAAGGCGAUCCCGCUGCUUGCAAAGUACCGGCACAGGUACCGCUGCUUCAACGACGACAUCCAGGGCACCGGCUGCGUCACCCUCGCCGGCGUCAUCGCCGCCGCGCGCAACGCGGGCAAGGCGCUGACCGACAUGUCCUUCCUCUGCGCCGGCGCGGGCUCGGCCGGCCUCGGCGUCUGCGCGCAGAUCGUCGACGGGAUGGUGGAGGCGGGGAUGAGCCGCGAGGAGGCGAUGCGCCGCUUCGUCAUCUGCACCUCGCAGGGCGCCAUCGGCCGCGCCGACGGAGCGCACGGCGACCCGAACCACGCCCGCGGGCUGAACGUGGAGCGCGCGCCGUGGCAGAACGACGCCGUCUCGGACGGCACGCCGAUGAGCGAGGUGGUGAGCGAGUUCAAGCCGACCUGCCUGCUCGGGCUCGCGGCGCAGCCCGCGGGCCUCUUCACCGAGGGGAUGGUGCGCGAGAUGGCCUCCUACUGCGACUCGCCCGUCGUGAUGCCGAUGUCCAACCCGACGGCAAAGUCAGAGUGCACGCCGCAGCAGGCGUACGAGUGGUCGGACGGCCGCGCCAUCGUCGCCACCGGCUCCCCCUUCGCGCCCGUGUCGCUGCCCGACGGGCGCACCUUCAUCCCCUCCCAGUGCAACAACAUGUACAUCUUCCCCGGCGUCGGCCUCGCCGCCUCGGUCGCGGGAGUGCAGCAGAUCACCGACGGGAUGCUCUACGCCGCGGCCGUCGCGUGCGUCGACGCGAUGACGCCGGAGGAGGUUGCCGACGGGCGCACCUUCCCCGACAUCUCGCGCAUCCGGCAGGUGAGCCACACGGUCGCGUGUAACGUCAUCGAGAAGGCGAUGGCGGAGGGGGUCGGCACCAAGCUCACCAAGAAGCAGCUGCCCGACCGCGCCGCGCUCGAGAGCUUCGUGCGGCGCAAGAUGUACUACCCCGGCUACGUCCCGCUGGUGGACCCGUCGCAGGUGUCCGUGACGCGCCGCUGAGGUGUGUGUGUGUGGGGGGGGCAUGUGCAUGUAGUUCCCGACGGCGGGAACGGCAGCAGCCGCGCGGAUCGGACCACGCCGCCACCAGAGCGCUCCGCCACAGCGGAAAGGCGCAGGGCGGCACGCGAGCAUCGGUGGUACACGCUACGGUUCCAUGUGGCACAUGUCCCGCUCGGUAGAGCCCAGGUAGAGCCAUCCGGAUCGUUUGAUGCCCAUCGUUGGGGCCCAUGCGUGUUUACAGUGUGCGUGUGCUGCAGCCUCUCCGACUCCGUCGCUCAUCACGCACACGCAUCACGAACUUCGAACACGGUUCACAACGAUUCAACGUGCUGGUUUUCCCUUUGUUCUGGGUUUCGGUUUGAAGAAGUUUAAAUUUUUU